AUGGCCAACACAACCAAGAAGAAGCAGGGCAAAAAAGCGGACCGUUCCGUCUUUUUUGCAGCCAGAGCGUCGACGCCUAAAGCCGCAGGCCUCACAGACGGAGACCAAGAUGGCGACGGCGGGAACGACACAGUGCCACUACAGUACUCCCCUGGGCCGCAAAAUCUACCGGUCACACAAGAUUUUUUGCAAAACUGCCUGGAGGAUAUGUCCACCAAGAUCCUAACCUCCUUACAGAGCACUCUGAAAGAGCUCCGCAGAGAUGUGCAGGAGCUGGAAGAUCGGAUGACACACGUGGAACAAAAGAUGGAAGAUCAGACUGCUGCACACAAUGAUGUGGCAGACCAAGUGCAGCAUAUGCAACAGCAACUGGAAUACACACAGCGCAAGGUCAUGGACCUGGAGGACCGCUCUAGACGCCAGAACCUGCGGCUCCGGGGUAUCCCAGAAGAGGUGAAGCAGCCAGACCUGCAUGCAUUCCUGAUCGGAUAUUUUAAAGAAUUGGCGCCAGAUUUACCUGCAGAGGUACUGCUCCUAGACAGAUACCACAGAGUACAGAAGCCAACGUUCCUACCGCAAGACACCCCUAGGGAUGUGCUCACACACCUACACUACUUCCUCGUGAAGGAGGCACUACUCCAAGCUACGAGAGGGGGUCGCGAUCUGCCACAGAAAUACAAACACAUCAAACUCUUCACAGACCUGUCGGCAGCCACACUGCAAAAGAGAAAAGAAUUUAAAGACGUCACGGAAGCACUGCGCCAGAACAACGUCCAAUACAGAUGGGGAUAUCCGAUCCGUCUGCUGAUACGGAGAAAUGGUACGGUGACGACAGCCAACACACCUGAAGAGGGACGGAGACUCCUGCGCACCUGGAACAUCCCAGUGAACCCAGUGGGGAAGAACAUGGCCGCACCAGCCAUGCUAUCCCCGGAAUGGAAAAGAACCAAGAAAUGA